AGGCCCACUGAUGACAUAUGACCAUCAAUAAUCACUGAGUAAUACUUGAUACUUAUUUUCAACUGUUUUUUUUAUCUUUACAGUGAUGUCUGGUGCAAAGAUCCUGCUGUUCCUGCAGAGCCUGUCCCGUAGGAAACCUCUGGAGCCCGAAGGAGAGGAAUCCAACUUUCGCCGAUGCCUGACCACCCUCGACCUGGUGGCUCUGGGGGUCGGCAGCACACUGGGGGCCGGUGUGUACGUACUGUCGGGAGAAGUGGCCAGAACUGUGGCCGGGCCGAGUAUCAUAAUUGCCUUCCUGAUAGCAGCAGUGGCCUCAAUCUUUGCUGGACUUUGCUAUGCUGAAUUUGGAGCUCGGGUUCCCAAGACUGGCUCUGCUUAUCUCUACAGCUAUGUGACUGUGGGAGAGAUAUGGGCUUUUAUCACCGGCUGGAACUUGUUGCUGUCUUAUGUCAUAGGGACGUCAAGUGUUGCCAGAGCAUGGAGUGGGACCUUCGAUGAUCUCAUUGGAAAUGUCAUUGCCAACUCUCUGGGAAAACAGGCUGCAAUGGAUUUACCUGGAUUAGCUCCCUACCCAGAUUUUUUUGCAGCUGGCCUCAUAAUGCUCUUGGCAGGGAUUCUUGCAUUUGGUGUUAAAGAGUCAGCUAUUGUGAACAAGGUUUUUACAGCAGUUAACAUCCUGGUGUUGCUGUUUGUUAUCCUUGCCGGAGUCAUCAAGGGGGACAUCGACAACUGGUACAUUAGUGAAGAUUCUCUCCUAGAUGGAUAUGAAAACCACACAUCACUGAAUGAAACCACUGGAUUUGGCAGUGGAGGAUUUUUCCCUUUUGGCUUUGAGGGAACAUUAGCAGGAGCAGCCACUUGCUUUUAUGCAUUUGUUGGAUUUGACUGCAUUGCAACAACAGGAGAAGAGGUUCAAAACCCUCAGAAGUCGAUCCCACUUGGAAUUGUGGCGUCCCUCCUCAUCUGCUUCCUGGCUUAUUUUGGUGUGUCUGCUGCUCUGACUCUUAUGAUGCCGUACUUUUUGCUCAGUGUUCACAGCCCAUUGCCUGUGGCCUUUACAUACAUCGGUUGGGGCCCUGCAAAGUAUGUAGUGGCUGUGGGAUCCCUCUGUGCACUGUCAACAAGCCUUUUAGGAUCAAUGUUCCCGAUGCCCCGUGUUCUCUUUGCCAUGGCAAGGGAUGGACUUCUCUUCAGACCUCUCAGUAGAAUGAGUGAUAGACAAAGUCCUGUCAUCGCGACCCUGGCUUCAGGGGUUGUAGCAGCCAUCAUGGCGUUGUUGUUUGACCUGAAGGCAUUGGUUGACAUGAUGUCAAUUGGAACCCUCUUUGCUUACACACUUGUUGCCAUAUGUAUCCUCAUAUUAAGGUACCAGGUAGGGCUCAAUGAGGAUUCAAGUUUCAGCAAACCAGACCCUUUUACAAUUACUGCAGUAUUAUAUCCUCCUCCACAGGCCACCACACGGACAUCAAAAAAUGUGUCUGUUUUAACUAUUUUUAUUAUCUUUUUAGCUGUCAUCCUAAGCCUCGUCAUAUCUGGAGCUCUAGACUCCCUGCAGACACUGGAGUGGUGGAGUUUACUUUGUGUCAUUGUGAUCGUGCUGAUGUUGGUCCUCAUUACGCUGAUCAUCUGGAGACAACCGCAGAACACAACCAGAGCUGCAUUCAUGGUUCCUUUUGUUCCACUGCUUCCUAUUUUCAGUACCUUUGUCAAUGUCUAUCUAAUGGUUCAACUUGGAUCAGACACGUGGAUCCGCUAUGCAGUGUGGAUGGCAGUAGGUUUAAUUAUCUACUUUUGUUACGGUGUCCAGCACAGUGUGCAGAAAAAACGGCUUCAAAUUUCACACAACCAAGUCAGCAUUCACAGCAUCACCACCACUGUGGAGCAAAACUUUGAACCUAGACAAGAUUUUAAUGGGUAAAUGAUGUAACAUGACAAAACGCUUUCAUUAUAAUAAAAGGUUGGCCAGUGUGCAUGAAUUCAUACAUCUAAAAAAAUGUAUUUAAAUCACAACCUCUGACCUCUAUUUUCUUUUUUCUUUUCUGGGAAAUUAAAUAUUUUGUAUAUUAUACUUUUACAAAACAUAUAUUUUUCAUUAUUUAGAUUUGAACAGAUUAAAAAUCACAUGUAUUAUUUAAAUUACCUUGACAUUAUCUCUGCAUGAGGCGUUAUGCAGUAUUGUGUUUUUAUUUUACUGUUUCACAGAGACAUCACAGGUUAGGGUUUGGACGAUUUUACAAAAAAUAAGAGCCAUGUUAGAGCCACAAUUCAAAUACCUCUUUUAUAGUCAAAAGACAACAUUGAGCUUAUAUGAGUAAAUACUGUAAAAUAAAUACAGUUAUUGUGAUGUGUUUUUUGUAAUCAAUGUUCACAUACAGUUGGGUAAAUUAUAUCAUCCAAAACUUUAUUUAUGUAGCACUUCAUUCCAGGUGGAAGCACAAUGUAUUAUAUGUUUCCUGCAUUUCCUUUAUAGGUGCAUUUUCACAUUUUCUUAUAUAAUGUAUUUUAGCCUUUUGCUAACAGGGAUUUCUUUUGUUGAGCUUCUCUACUGGUUGUUCACCGUACCCAACUCCCAGUGUGUUUAAUGUAUUUCUAUCGCUUUCUAUUGUCAUGUUUUUUGUGAUAUGCACGUUAAAUAAACAUGGCAUUAGAUUUCUGGAAAAACAAGUCUCCCUUUCUACUUUCCAUUCAAACUAUAACUUUCUGCUUUCACUGUCAUUUAGACGACCACAUUGUUUGGAUUAUAAAUGCCACAUUUAUUUACAACACGUGAUAGGAACUCAUGAAGGCUGUCUUUGUUUACGGAAGCACAGUUUAAAUAACGC